GCUAGCUUUACUUGGCGACAUUGAUGUUGACGUCUCUGAAAUUUGCUGCACAGUUAGUGAGAGUGAAAUUCUCACAGGCGUAAUUAAUUACUAGCAUACUGUGAUUCAUUUUCAUACUUUGCAAAAUGGUUUGCGGUGGAUUUGGUUGUUCGCGCCAUUCUUUAAUUAUAUUAAAUGUGAUUUAUAUCGUAAGUUACAAUACAUUAACUUAAAUAUUAAUUUUGAUUAAUUAAUUUAGUCUUUGCCUUUAGUAGUCUUUAGUAAUUAUGAGUAUCUCAGUAGGCUAUCAGUAGGCUACGUCAACGUGAAAAGUAGUAAGAGUAGGCAGGUAAUCCCUUACUUACUUUGGUGGUUAGCGCGAUUAAUUAUUUCUAGUGAAAUAGCACUGAAACAGCCACUUUUUAAAAAAAAUAAACCAAUGGCAUAGUUGAAUAGAGCUAAUUUUUAAUAAUAGUAUUAGCUGUUGUAGUUUUUAACUAAGUUUUAUAAAGUAGGAGUAGGACUUAAUUUGUCCUUUUGUAACAUGGACCGCAUCUCCAUUUUUGGGGACCCCAUUCCGCUGUUCGCGUCACGAGCUAUAUAUAACUCUUGUUUUAAUGAUAAUUUUAUUUUCAGAACGAAUGCUGUAUUAAAAAAAUUAGUUUAAUAAUGUUAACAAUUAUAGAUAAAUUGUAGCUUAUCUAACUAUGCACUAUUUAUAUCAGUAAAUUUAAUUUUGUUUACCAAAUCUACCAUUAUACCGAUAUUUGCUAUAUAGUCUAUCUAUAUAAGGCAACUCAUGCCCUAAUUACGAAAAUACUGUUUGGGAACUAUUGAACUUUCAAUUUGGUACAAGACUAAUUAAUUAAAGCUUUCCCUGACCUAGUUUAAUAGUUUUUACACACGGCAAAAUUUUAUGAAUGAAAACUCUGAGACAGUAGUAAACAAUGGCCAUUAUGCAAGUCACUGUCAAUGGCCCCCAUGACAUUUUGAUCACUGCGAAUUUUGAUCAUUUAUAAUAUGGACUCUGUCAGGUUUUUUAACCUCAAAUUAAAAUACUAUUCUUUCAUUAACAUUUAAAUUCAUUCUAAAACAUAAGUUAUCAAAUAUUUUGAUGUAAAUAGUGGAAAUAAUUAAAUAUUUCCUAAGUAACGGCGUCUUCCGCCACUGAAAGGGGGGCGUGGCCACUUCCUUAUCAAAAUUGGGCUGAGCUACAUUACCAUAUAGGGGUUUACUCAAGUGAGCAUAACAAGUGACCGACAUGUCCUAACUCAUUGAGAAUUGACACAACUACACAUCGAUAGAUAAUACAGAAACAUUUUUUUUUUAUAGACAUAAAAGUUGAACUUCUAUAAGAAUUUUAUAGUGAAAGAUGCCUUAUAUUUAAAGGGGAAUCUCAAAAUACAGGUCGAUUGAAAAAUUAAAACAAAUCAAUGUAAAUGUAGGCCAAGACGGACCUCAAAUAUGUAUCGAAACUACUCAUUUAAUAAUAAAUAGACACACACAUCAGAAAAUUAAAAACUCUGAUUUUUCGGCACCGAUUGCCAUUUCUGAUACACAAAAAGUAGUACCCUCCCUUGGUUUACCGAAGUAUCUAAUUUUUGGCUGUCUUUUUCAAAUAGGACAACCAUUUAACGAACAAAUUGUGAUAUUAUCAAUAAAGUAAAUUUUAUGAAUCUGAAUCAAGAACUCUUCUGUAAGCUUCAAGGGGCCAUCCAUAUAUGUUGUUCCGAAUACACUGAGGGCAGGGAUGCAAUGCCGAGUAUCAGUAACAACCAUGUGCUUAAGAUUGUCAAUUAAUAUACAAUGUUGGAAAUCCAUUGGAAAAAAGAAGAAACACUGAAGGUAUAUCAUUAUCAUUUAAAAAAUGUAUUUGAGUCUGUUUAGGGGUGGGAAGGACUGUGGUUACACCAUCAGUUAAUACAUAUACUUCAUCAUAUGACACCACUGUAAGCUUACGCCUCAGAAUCUGACUUAAUUGUCUAUUUUUUUUACCAUAUGUUACGCACUGGCUUCUCUUUUGAGAAAUUAAUCUCCUAUUUUAAAUUUAUGGCUCGUUCAAACAGUGCCUAACAAAGGACGAUACCAUAGAUAAAUACAAUAACAAAAUUACGACACCCAAAACAGUACCAAUUACAUUUAAUAAGAUUUAAUUUAGUAAUAAUGCAAUUACAAAAACAAAAUAAAUAUCAUUACAAAUCAUCAACUUACAGUAUGGUAGAUCUUGUACCAGUACACAGUUAGUACAAUGUGCCUAUUAAUAAUGUACAGUGACGAAAGCAAAUAAAUACAUAAGUACACAAAGAAUGAUACACAUCUCGUGAAGUUAAAAUAUAUCUAUCUGAAUCUCUCCCUCUCUCCAUGCCUGUGAAUCCUUAAUAUAAAUGUGGGUCUAAAUGUGGUGCGUUUAGAAACACCCUUACUUUUCUAAUACAAUCGAGAACAGUCCAUAAACUACUAGUAGACAUACUAACCAUGUUUAAUUGGUAGAGCCAGAGCGGUAGUUAACACUAUACUUCAAAGACUCGGCCAUGCCCAAAACAAAUGUACCGUCUGCUAGGGAUCUAAUUUGGGUCAAGCAUGGGAAAAUAGUGUACUACAUAACACCAUACUUUAAUAUAUUUUACUAUACUUUAACCAUAUGACAUUAUGAUUGCUUUUGGUCUGAUACUGAAAAGGGAAAAAAUCUGGCCACAUAUCAACUGAAUAAACGAUAAACAAACUUAUCGAUCGACUGAUUUAAAAAAAUACAUGUUUUAUAUUAAAAUCCCUUUAAAAUCAAUGCAAAUGCUGGACAAACUAAUUGGAAAACAACAAAUACUUGUUAUAGUAAUCAUUGAAGUGUUUUAAUGUUGUUCCAUCAGGUAAAUUUGAAGUCUUUAAUUUAUUUCACUAGAAAUAAUUUAUUGUGCUAAAAUAAGGGAUGGCUGCAACAGCAAUAUUUCAUUAUACUUUAUGUUGAAUUAGCCAUUUUAACAGCAACAUUGAUGCUAAUGUUCUUUGAAAUGUUAGCAGUUGAAAUGGUUUCAUUAGUUUCUCAGUAAUAACUUAUUUAGGCAGUGACAAUAGAAAAACACUGAUAACUGCAAUCCAACUGGUCAGGAACUAUAUUUAAGCUAAAUGAUCAUUGUGCAAAGAAGUAUACACAAAUUUGGGCAAUCCUCAGAAAGUCAGUCCGAAAUUCAAAACAUUAGUAAAACGUAUUGAAUAGUAUACUUUUCAUUAGAAGGUUUAGGACACCAUUGUAAACUACAUGGCUUGAUGUUAACUGAUUUUACUAAUAUUGAGUAUGGUUUAAAGUAGGUGGUUGGCUCCUGUAAUAACAAUAUAUAAAGACACUUUCAAGUCUUAGCUUGGUAUUAAAUAAUUAAACUAAAAACCAAUAAACUUAGGAUAUUAUCUACACCAUCUAAGCAGUAUAGCUUUUUUUUCUCUAUCAAUAUGAAAGAAAUAUUUCUAGUUUGAGGAAUUUUUUUUUAACGUAACAUAGAUUCAGUGAGCUCGGAACUGAAAGGAUUAAAAAAAAUAUCGGUAGAACUCGCUAAGCAGCUCUUCACCCUCAACGAUCGUAAUACGUCAUUUUGGUAUCACUACUAAUACUACCACCCCUUUUAUUAACGGAAACAAAUCAGGCGAUGGUUCAAUUUUUUUCCCAGUAAUAUUGGGGGGUAUAAAAACAUUCUUAACGUUUUCAUUUGGUAAGGGUAAGUGUUAGAAAUAAAAACAUUCUUAACGUUUUCAUUUGGUAAGGUUAAGUGUUAGAAAUAAUGCCCGGUGGAAAUAAUUACGUCACCAGCACGGAAAGACGAAUUACUGGACUGCAGUGUAUUAUCACUAUGUCAUGUUCAAUUUUACAACUACAGGGAUCUCUUUAUGAAAACAAAGUAGCUAAUACGAGUAUAUGAGUAGGCCUAUAUGCUUACUGCGAUAUAUUGUGGUAAUAUUUGUAUAGCCUUAAUGAUAAUAAAAGGCCUAAUUAGAAUUCACUGAUUUCACAGAUUUUCAGAUGACAGUUGGCUUUAUAAGAGACUGUCAGGAUAAUUAUUGUAUGCAUAAAUGUAGGUGCAGUCCCCCCCGUCCCCCCCCCAAUAAACAAAUUAAAUCUGUCAUAGGCAUUCUCAGCGCGUACAUAAUACGUAAUAGUUAGAUGGCCCUUUGUUUGACGUAAUAGUUAGAUGGCCCUUUGACGUAAUAGUUAGAUGGCCCUUUGUUUGACGUAAUAGUUAGAUGGUCCUUUGUUUGACGUAGUAGUUAGAUGGCCCUUUGUUUGACGUAAUAGUUAGAUGGCCCUUAGUUUGAUGUAAUAAUUAGAUGGCCCUUUGUUUGACGUUGACAAGGUGCGGCUGGGGGGGGGUGUUAAAUAUUUUAAAAAACUUUUUAAUGUUUAUUUUAUUUUGCGUACCGGGUAUGUUAUACAUGGAUGUCCCAUUGUCCAAACAGUUUUGGGUUCAAAUUUAACUACAUUGACGGAUGUGCACAUUGCCUGAUUUUAAUGUUACCAUUAAUGGAAUCAGCGAUCCUUUUUAAUUUUUGUACCCUAAUUUGGUUUACUUAGUAUUUUACGAUAUGGCCUCGACAAAAAGAAAGGCAGGCGAAACGGAUGACGAAGAAGAAACUUCAACCGAUAAACAUCAGCUUCAACAAAAGAUAAAGAAAGUUUAUAUUCUUGCUUGAAUAUUAGACACAAUUUACUGUGUUGCGUUCUUCAUAGAAGGGUCCAUCAUGCGCGCACUGCAAAAUCUGCAGUUGGACUUUUCUGUAGCAAUCAGAGACAAAAAGAGUGGUGUGGAUUUAGGAGAUAGUGUGUAUGGCGCGGGUCUAAAUAUUUAAAUCAACACCGCAACCCACAUUUUCGUAAUUUCAGGUUGGGGGGGGGGGUCGUUUCUUCACAGAAAAUACAUGCGGUAUUUAAAAAUACUACACUAUUCAUCCCGAAACUCUGAAAGUCCUAAAAUAGCACAGUUAUAUCUCGAAUGCUGUAAAAUACCAGCCAAUGUUUAGCAGGAAUUAUCGUCGUGAUGUUGUCAAGAUGUAUUUUCACAAAUGAACUCGCUAGCUAGACCUAAACUCAAUAGUGGAGAAAUUGCAGUAAUGGUUAGUGCACCGAAUGGUCAGCGCGCGUGUGACGUAUAUUUCGGUGGGCUACGCCAGUGAUUCUAAAAUUUUCGUUUCCCUGCGCCUAAGCCAUUCUAGGUUUUCAUCAGGCUCCCUGUGUUGAAUUCUAACACGUACAAUUCGAAAUAGCGAAUACACAAAUAAAAUAAAGGUUGGAUAAAAAUAAAUAUAAUGUGUAUGUAGGUCACUGAGCGCCAUCAGUAACUGCAAACAACGGUUGCUUAGUGGGUUACAGUUUGCACCACGACCGAAAGUUGUCCCAUUGGUUUAAAAGUGAAAAUAAAAUAAUGAAUUUUUAAAAAUAUUUCGCAACGAAUUUUUAAAAAUAUUUUGCAACGCCCGAUGAGGAAGCCGCAGCCACCCCCUUGCCCGAGGGCAACGAGCACCCAGGGCGAUGUGGCGUUUAUUCUGGGAACCACUGGGCUGGCCGAAUCACCCGUGGUGAAAACCCGUGUCACAUUUUGUUUACUGUAACAUCAUAAUAUACAAUGAAUUUUGAUUUUGUUAAUUUUAUGAGGUGGAGGGGGACUGGGCUGGUGUUCUAAAGCUCACUGUACCGUACACACACAAGGGGGGGGGGGGGGGGGGGGUCCCAAUUUGUUACCGGGUAAUUAAUUCUUAUUCUAAUACAUUUUAAUUUUAUGCUCAUCUGACGUCAGGUUUGAACAACGUUAAAUUUAACCAGUGACUUUAUUUUUACCUGUGACAGACUGGGAUAAUGUGAUCAGCAGGUUAACCCAAAUAUUAAUUGCGGGGCCCUAUGCAAAACGGAUUGCGCGGGCCAAGUCUGGGUAGGGAUAAGGAUAAGUUAAAAUUAAGAUUUUGUAUUAGAAAAUAAAUUUGUCUUUGCAUUUUAUUCAUUCUUUACUAAGUACAAAAUCACGAUCAAAUUAAUUUUACUUUACGAGCCUUGCGUGUAGCGAAGUCAUACAGUCAUCAAAAUUAUGUUUCCUACAUAGACAACGCUCAAUAGCAAGAACUGCCAAAUUGUUCAAUCUAUUUAUCUGUCGUAAUCAAUGGAAACAAAGAUGUAAUAGAUUAAAAAAACACUGUAAAAACAGAAUAAACACGCUGUCCUAUUCAUGAUUAUAAGUUAUAAGGGUUUAAUUUUAUAAUUUACACCUAGAAUUAGCGGGGGGGGCCUAUGAAAGUGCGGGACCCACUGCGGCCGCAUAGGGUGCAGUGGCCUAAGGCCGGCCCUGUAGCCGAUACACGUCAGCAAAACAUUUUACCGUUAACGUCAGUCAUCUACUGUUUACCCACAGUUCCAUAUUUUGAUGUCAGCUUAACUCGAUUCCACUGAACACGCUAUUGGAGUAGUUUUUGUACACAUUUUAUAUACUGUAUUUUUAUUUAUUUACUAUCAAAAUACUGCAUUGUACGAUUUUGAGACGAUAUUGUACGAUUUUAGGAGUUUGGGGGUAAACAGGUCUGUGUAUAUGAUUAUAAAAUAUGUGUGUGUUUGCAUAUAUUUAUAAAGCGUGUAUGGAAAUUUUAUAACUUAAAUUUACCUGAUAGAUUUAAAUUUACUGAGAUAGCAUUGUCUAUUUAGCUAUUUUUCAACCUAAGUUUAUAGUUAAUGAACAAUAUUCUAUAAAGCACAUGUGUCAAACUCAAGGUCCGCGGGCCACAUCAGGCCUGGGAAGUCUUGACCGGCGUACAAUUAUAUCCAAGUCAAUGCUAUGGUGUUUCCCAAUGAACACUUUGCUGAAAAACCUAGCUUACUUCGCGCUGAGUUCGCACGACACUUUAGUGAUUUUGAAAAGACAAGAAAGGUAAUUUUGAGCUGUUUCGUUACCCAUUUGUCAUAGACGUGGAAACUGCACCUGUAAAUUUGCAGAUGGAGCUAAUAGAGCUGCAGUGUAAUGGGACACUAAAGGCAAAGUACAACACAGUUGGGCCUGCACAGUUAACUCGUUUCAUUCCUGAAGAGAUGCCCCAGCUUUGUCUACAUGUGGCUUGAACCUUGAGCAUGUUGGGUAGCACAUGUAUGUGUGAGCAGCUGUUUUCUGUGAUGAAGAUUGACAAAACAUGACACAGGAGUCGUCUCAUUGAUGUCCAUCAUGAGAAUUUGCGUUUCUUAGACAGAAAGGGGGGGGGGGGGGUUAAGUAAAAAUGCUGUGUUUUUUUUUUAAUAGCUAUUAAGGUGGAAGGAAUUAUCUUUCUAAGAGUUGAAUACUUUAUUUUUCAGAUUGUCUCAUUUAUUUUAAUUGGAGUAGCAGCGUAUGGCAGAGUAGCAGCUGUAAUAACAAGUUUAACAUUGGUAGGCAGCUUGAUUGCAUGUGGAGUUUUUCUGUUUCUUAUUGCCCUUGUUGGUCUUGUUGGGGCUGCGAAACAUCACCAAGUCUUACUGUUUUUUGUAUCCUUUAAUUAACAAGUUAGCUGUUAAGUUUCAUUUUGGUAACACAAAAUCCCUCUCAAUGAUAUUGUUUACAUUUGUAUUAAUGCUCCAUAUUUGUAUUAAUGCUCCAUAUUUGUGUGAAUUUCUCCUUUUAUUACUAAUUGAUUUUCAAAUUUUGUUUUGUUGCACUGUACAUCUAGUAGCAUCUCCAAGUCUUUGCCGUAAGAAAUUAGUAUAUUGUUGUUAAAAUGCUCUCAAAAUUUUAAUACCACUUAUGAAACAUGUUGGAAAGUUUACUACAGCAAGAAUAAUAAUAUAAUAUAUGUUUAUGCCAUUCAGGUAUGUCACGUAGUUAAAGCCUUGCAGAUUGGUGGACUGUGUGUAAUACAGAGGUAGGGUCAUAAAUCUUUUGUGACACAACUGUUCCUUCCCAGUGAGUCAGACUUUAGAAAAGAAAGCCUUUGGUGCUUUACUGAGUUUGUGUAUUGAUCUAAGAACUCUUUCUUCUGUGGGUACUUCCUUUGUGAUAAGCAGUUUAUUUCGUAUCAAAAAGACAUAUAUUCAUUGGCUGGGCCCCAAACUGAAAUUCAUCCUACACUUGUAUUGAUUUUUUUUAAACAUUAAUGUACUCAUUUUUUAUUAGGAUAAGGACAUUGCUAAUAAAUCUUGACAAAAACUCUUGGGAAUCAGAUAUAGACUUUUAAAGCAUCACAAAUUCAUGUAUGUAAUUUUUAUUAUAAUAAAUGGAAGUAUAGUCAAGAUUCACUUUUUGGAACCCCUGGACAGAGCAUUAAAGGGACAAAAAAAGAAUUCUUUAUAUAUAUAUAUAUAUAUAUUACAUUUCCAUGGAGCAGCCUAUUUGAGCAUAUAUCCAGCUACAUAUUUUCCAUAUCUAACCAUUUGUUUACAUUAUCUAACCAUGUAUUUACCAUAUAUAACCAUGUAUUUACCAUAUCUAACCAUGUAUUUACCUAGUGUCCUCCUAGCUGGGUUUAUGUGUGCAAAGAGAAUUGUUUCUGAAUUUAGGUGCAGUAUCGUAUAUUGUUGGAUUUCAAUUUAUAUUUUGUCACACUUUCUGCUGGCUUUGAUUCCCUAGCAAAGUUUAUCUUUUAGCUUUAGUUUUUAGGUACUCCAGUCUUAAAGAGUUUGCCUUAUUGGACAUAAACUUCUCCUUCAAUUAAAUAAUGAAAUUUAAAAAAUAAAAUGAACAAAUAGUACCAUGCUUUGUAACCUUAAUAUUCCUUCUCUUUCAUAUUGAAGGUUCACAUCUUGUAAUUUAUUGAAAUAUGCAUCUUCAUAGCAGUGAACAAAUAAUUAAAUAAUGUGCUAUUUUGGCUACAAAUAUUCAGUUUAUUAUAAGCCAGGCCUAUCUAUAAUCAUCUUGGAGUGUGUAGGUGUAAGCCAUGUAACACCUGUUGCCUGGACCAACAAUAAUAUCUGCAGAAGCCGUACUGAGCACGAGGCUGGACCAGACAGCUGCGAGGGAACUUUUUGUUCUUUAACUGUCUAGUUCUUUUUUUUUUUUUUUUUUCAGUUGCUAAUCCCUUUUGUACUUGUCCCGAUUUUGUAUCUCUUAACUCCUAGUUUCACUGUGUGUUUGGGCUUUUGCUUUAAUUACAACCUUUUUUUUUUUUUUUAUCUUUUUUUUUUUUUUUUUUUUUUUUUUUUUCAGUUGCUAAUCCCUUUUGUACUUGUCCCGAUUUUGUAUCUCUUAACUCCUAGUUUCACUGUGUGUUUGGGCUUUUGCUAUAAUUACAACCUCAUUAAAAAUCUUUCAAAAAGCUGUAGGAAAUCUUUCAAGUUUAUAUUUUAAUAACUCCUUCAAACUUGUUAAUACAAAUAUACUCAUAUUUGUUCUUUAACUGUGUAAAAUUACAUCAUAGGAAUUUUUGUAGACUGUUAUUACAACUGUUUCUAUAAAAAGUUGCUGUUCUCAUUUCUUUCUUUUUUUUAGUUUUAUCAAAUAAAAAGAUCCCAAUAAUUUUUGCGUAAAAUACAAUUUAGAUGUUGAGUUUGAAAGGAUGACUGACAUCCAGGAGAAGUAGACAAGGAAAUGAGAUUAAUACCCAGUGUGAUACUAGGCUAAAUAAAGUCACAUAAAAAUACUUUUUGAGUAACACACAUUAAUAGCCUUCUGUAAUGCAGAGCAGGGCUUUGCAGCUUAGCUAUACGUUGAAACAUGGGUUUGAACUUAAGUUUAGAUUGGAACUGGAACUUUAUUUUCAAAAGGGGAUCAUUAAGUGGGUAUUUUCAAAAGGGGAUCAUUAAGUGGGUGUUUAUGUGCCAGCCAAUGUUCCCUCUAAGGUUUGUUGGUUCGUGUGCAAAAUCAUAAAGCUGUGUGCAAAUUUUUGCAGCAUCAAUUCAUCAAUUUUUUUGUGUGCAAAAUUUUACAGCCUACAGACACAAACACACACUUAAGUGGAAAUUAGCUGCGCGUACUCAAACUUGCUGGGCGGCAUCUGUGAGAUUGCUGCGCAGCUUAAAAGGAACAUUGGUGCCAGCGAAAGGUUUAAUCGCUUUUAAAGUAACCCAUGAAGCUUUUUAAGCUGGCCACCCCUGCACUACACUCUUCCCCCCUUUAUCAAUGGUUAAAUAAAUUCUUAUUUAGCUUAUUUCAUUGUUAAAAAUUCAAUAGUUGGCAGUUUGUGCAUCAUUUACUUUUAAAAUAGAUUAUUUAUGAAAUUGUAAGAUGAAGGAAAACAGUAAAACGUAAAUUUUAAUUACAUCAUACGCUUUUCUAAUUAAUAGUAUUCGUGAUAGGUUAUUGUAUCAAGUUGUUGAGACAAGAUGUGCUCUGCUACAAACUGUAAUUAGAUAUCAUAUUGAACAUGUCAGAUCAUAAAUUUUUACAUCAUAGAAGGCUUAUUUUUCUCCAGCCCAUGCACAAUCAAUGGUAGAUAUGGCCAUGUUAGAACUAGACUAAGAUGUCAAUAAGAUGUAUGAUGACUCAUGGGAGUUGUUGUGCUUUUAAAAGUCAAUAUCUCUCUACAACUGUUACCUCAUUGAAAAUGAAGGAUGUUGUAGUGGGACAUGCUUGGUUGUAUUGAUCUUUAUACAUGAUUUCUUUAAUGACCUCAACAUCUAAUGGAGUGCACUUUGUCCUCAUUUCAACAUUGUCUUUUAUGUAUUGUAGCUGAUAUUAAUUUAUUUUCUUUGACCUGUUAUACAACAUAUUCAUUUUUAAAUAUGUUUCCAAAUUAAUGUAAAAGGAGUGGGUUUUGGCAGAUUUAAUAUGAACUGAAGUUUAUUUUGGUCUGUCUGCUGUUUGGAUUUAAUGUCAAUCUCUUAUUGUCAAACUAGUCUAGUGACCUCAUUAACAAGAGCUAUACCCCUUUCCACAUAACCAUCCAUGGGCUUUGUAAAAGUGUGUGGUGGGGUAAGGUUAUUGCUUGUAUAUUUCCUAGUGAUGGUCUAAAUGAGAUGAACAGCCUUUCCUUGUUAAGUCACCUUCUUCUUUUGUAUCUAAUUAUAUUUAAGUGCAAGUUAUUUCUUUUCUCAGCCUUUGCAAAAAUACAAAAUGUUAACACAGAAAUUAUCAAGAUCUGCUUUUGUGGUUGUGUACUUUUUAUUUGAUUUGCGAUGUUUACAGCCUCAUGACAUGAUGACAAUCACCGCCUUCAAAACUGUACUCAAAACACAUCUCUUUAAACUCUACUAUCCUAACUGAUUCCCCCCCCCUCUGUUCGAUAAACGAUGCUGCUGGGUAGCCGUUCAUGGCUGGACAUAUAAAUAGUUCUUGAAUGUGUUGAGUGAAUAUACAUUUGUUUUGUAUUAUUUAAUUAAUGUAUGUUAAAUUUUUAAGUUCAUGAUUAUUUAUGGUUGUUAAAUUGUAUAUGCAGCGUGGUGAGCCCAGCCCCAGGCUGGGGUACCGCACUAUAUAAAACCACCACUAAUAAUAAUAACAAUGAUGUUUGUUCGAUUACAUAUGGUCAAAAAUAAAUGCUUACAAGUCAUAGCACUAUAUAAAAGACAUGUGAGCCUUAAUUCAGUAGUGAUUUCUCUUUAUCUGUUCCAUACGAUCUAUGCACAACUUUUCUAUACAAAGCCAUAUUUUUAUUAUUAUUUUUGUAAAAGGGGAUUAUUUUUCCAGUUGUGAAGAUUUUGCUAUGGGUUUCCCUUAACACUUGUGCUCAGUAUAUGAUCAUUCUCUUUGUGUUGUUCCUGCUUCAAUUUGCCUUGGCCUGUGCAUGCCUUGCUGUCAAUGCAGAGCAGAAGGACUCUUUGGCAAGGCAAGGAUGGCAGAUGUCAAGUGUUAUGACCAAGGAAGAUGUCCAGCACCAGUUCGACUGCUGUGGUUUUGAGGAGCCAUUUUUGGGUGAAUCAGACCCUCUAGGCCACCCACCGUGUGGUUCAAAGGUCAGUACCCUCUAAUGCUAGCACGAGACAGCUUUAGUAACCAGGCUUUAAUAGCCAAUCAUUACAUUGGAACAUCUUUACACCAGUUUGAAUUAGUGGGUUUUUUUAACUGCUUACUGAAAAUAUUGUCAAUUUCACCAUCUUUCCACAUGCUUCAUAUGAAAUGCUGGAAAGUAAAGUUCUAGAAAAUAUUUAUGUUAUCAAACUAUCAGGAUUAAGAUUCUUUAUUGACCAAAUAAUAGGAUUUUUUUUCUUUUAGUAUUUUAAAUACAAAAUAAGUAACAAUUUUUAAAAAUUAAUUGACCCUUUCAUUACCGCUGGUUUUGGGCAUCGAUUUUUGCUGACUCAGCAACAAAAACAGAGAGGGGGAAAAAAAAAGAAAUUUCUGGUAUUUUUCAUUCUCUAUCCGAUUUGCUUAUUAACUUCUCUAUAGAUUAACAAAUAAAGUAAUAUAUGGCAUUGAAAUUUGACGUCCUUGUUAUUUCAGUAAAGCGCUUUGCCUCUUAGUUAUGACGACAAUGUAAUGUCCUUGGUAAUUGAAAGUUGGUGAUCGUGACGUCGCGUCAUCAGUAAUGAAAGGGUUAAAACAUUCAUAUAGCAAAGAUGAACACUUGUUAAACUAUCACAAUAGCUUUAAAAAAAGAAAAAAUAACAGAUAUAAUCCUUAUUUAUCUAUUCCUGCAGUUUUAAAAAUUUUAAAUUUUAAUUUAUAUCCAUAAAUAUAUUUAAGUUUUAUCGAUAAUUAUAUAUUUUUAAAUCAUUGUAGAUUGUCUGUGCAUUAACUGUAUAUAAUAUUAAAUGUCCUCAUCCACAGUUCACUAAAUGUUGUGAGAUAAACAACACCAGCGCUUGCUGCACUGGAAUUUAUCCCCCUAAAAAUGCCAGCGGUGAAAAAGAUUUGGUGUGCCCAUGUGACACCUGUUUGGAUAAACUGAAGCCAAUAAUCUACAAUGCCUUCUCUGCUACUGGCGGGGUUGGCCUCUUUUUCAGCUUCACUGAGGUAUAGCAUCAGAUCAUCAUUUUCUUUAUUUUUUAUAAACAUUUGAUUAGGAAGUUAAGAUAUGAGCUUAUCAUUAUCAAAAACUACUCAUUUAUCUCCUACAAUCACUCAUAAUUAAUGUUUCUACUAGAUUUUAGUAUCCAAACCUCCAGAGUGUGGGGUGUUGUGUGGCAUUUCAUGGGGUGUGAGAAUAUCAGAACAGAGGAGAAUCAGCUUUAAAGUUAUGAUACAAAUGUUUAAAUAUUUUGUGACAUUACUUUAACAUUUUCCUUUAUUUCAUCAGUCGUAAGUUUAUUUUCAAAGUUCUACAUUUCACUUUGCAAUACAAUAAAUUUAAUUAAAAGCCCAUUAUUUUCAAAUAUUCAAAUUCAUUUUUACCUUUGUGUAGGAUGGGGGAGGGGGGGGGGGGUGGGGCGCACUCUAGUCAAAUAAAUGGAAGGGGGGGGGUAGAAAAGGUUUGGAAACACUAUCGAUAUUUUUGUAAAUUACUAAUAACAUUCAUUUUUUUUCAGCUGGGGGGGGGGGGGGGGGGGGGGGGUGUGGCGCACUCUAGUCAAAUAAAUGGAAGGGGUGGUGUAGAAAAGGUUUGGAAACACUAUCGAUAUUUUUGUAAAUUACUAAUUACAUUCAUUUUUUUUCAGCGAUGCUCUUUUUAUACAUGUCAUGAGUGAAACAUUUAAAAGAAUUUAAAAACCUAGUCUGUUAGGGUUAUUUAGACUGAAACUAAUUAAAAUUAAACUUCAUUUUUUAUUUAAAAGCAAAUUUAAAUACCGGUAAAUAAAAUGUUAGUAGAAGUAGAAAGAACAAAAUUCCAUAAAGUUAAACCAGUAUUUGAUACUGUAGAGAAUUUCUUGGGUUUCUUAGAGCUUUAAAGUUCAUAAGAUAGGAUGUUGCAACAGCAGCAUUACACAAAAGAAAGAUAUUUAAUUACUCACUGAACACUGGUCAUUUUCGGGGGCUUCUAUUUUUUAGUAGCUUGUUAUAAUCUACACAAAUGUUCAUUCACCAGACUGGGUUGAUGCUUCUGUAUACACAGCUGCAACAUAAAGUUUUUUUUACUGUACUUUCCUUUGGCCUGAUCCUAUGCCCCGAAUUAUCCUGUUGUUUUUUUUUAAGGUACACUAAGUCACCCAGACUAAAAUAUUUUAAAUUUUGGCCAACGACCUUUUCAGAUCAUAGGUGUGUGGCUGACCAUUCGCUACCGCAACCAGAAAGACCCUGCAGCUAACCCCAGUGCUUAUCUUUAACUCAAAAUCCAUUUAGUACAUAUUUCCCAGCAUUGUCAGGUACUCCCGUUUCUCUAACCUCCCUUGUAACUUCUGGGUCUUGGCAGCAUUCAAUAAUUAUCUUUGUCUUCUCUGUUGUGAUGAGCAUUUAUUUAAUUUUAAAUUUCUUUCUUUCAAUGUUAUUAUGUUGGUGGUGUUUAUAGUACUUUUAAUUCUCCAAUAGCUGCAUCACCUCAAUCUUGCGCCCCCUCAUUUUUGUAAUAUUUGGUUAGGGUCUUCAUUAUAAGCUGAUAUAUAUAUUGAACAUUUUUUUUUAUAAUAAAUUAAAAGGAAUCCACAUAUCUGUUUAUUUAUUUAUCAUAUAUAAUCUUAUAAUUUUGUUUGAAUAAAAAUUAAUUCUCUUUUAUUUAUUGAACUUUAUACAUUAGGCCUAUGUCUAAAAAAAAAAAUGAAACGAACAGUUUGUCCGUCCCCGCCCCCCCCCCUCCCCCCCAAAAAUAUCCCAAAUUCGUCAAUUAAGAUGACACUUAACUUCUUAAAACAAGUUAGUCAUGCCUGAAAAAUUAAGUAUGUCUUGAUAUGUAUGAUAACAUUUCUAUAAUUGUUUCUUUUGGUUUGGAAUUAGUAUACUUGAACAAAUCUUUGUUUUAAAAAUAGUUGGUGUUCAUGAAUCUACCUUCUUUGGUGCAUCCAUCAUCUUCAAUGUAUUUUUCUGUUACAUGAAAAAGAUUUCCCUUUCCAUUAGCUGUCAACUUAUAGGGUAUACCAAUACCAGUAAUAUUUCCGUAAUAAUUUAAUACAUUUUUUUUAAAUAAAAGAAUUGGGUGGAAAAGCUAUUCUAGGAAAUAAGAAAAAUAAAUUAUAUUUUGUUUAUCACACAUAAUUCUCUGGGUAUGUAUAUAUGUAAGUAUAUGGAUUGCUGAGUUCAGUUUCGUUCAAAUUAAAAGUCCUGAUAUCUGUACCAAAUGAGAUUAAAAAUACUGCAAGUGCAUUACAUGCUUAAUAUUUUCUUUUGUUUUACGGAAAUAGUCUCAAUUUAAAUAUGAUGCAAUAAAUAUGUGCAGUAAAAGGGGAGUGGAGCAUUAAAAUAUUAAUAUAGUUAAGGGGCAAAAGUGUGGGGUGGCGUACCUGGCUAGUGGGGAGGGGUUCUUAUUAAGUGCCUUUCUUGGUUGCAUGUUUUGUCAAGUCAGUUGGAAAGUUUACACAUUUUCUCCACCAUUAUUUGGCAGAAUAUUUCUAGUCAUAAAAAAGAUGUAUUACAUAUAUUCCUUUCAUAAUGUUAUAAAUCUUAAAAGCUAGGCUUUUUUUUUUUUUAUAAAUGAUAUGAGUUCACAAAAGGCUUUGGGGGUCUUAUGUUAUGCAGGUCUAUCUUACUGCAAAUGAAAUUCUAAGUAAAUGGAUUUGGCUCAAAGGUGAAAAUCACUGACAUAGGAGAACAGCUGACCUUUGCUGAUACAUAUAAUUAUGGGAUUAUGCCUCUUUAUAAUUAUAUGAAGAUUAUUUGGAUCAAUCAAAAAUUAAUGGAAAAGUGUUUCAGCAUGUAGAUAAACAUUCUCUUUAAAUAACAAUUUUUUAACUAGCAAUUCUUACAGAUUUAGGGCAAAUGAAUUUCUAUAUCUUUCGAUCCUUACUUGAGGGAAAUAAUUUUCCCUGAUGACCUUAAGUAACUGGAUGAAGUGAGGGGUGUUUCCUCCAAAACAUACUUUUUAGCUUUACAAAUGCAUUUUGCUUGAAAUAAUUUCUUCAAGCGAUUGUAGUUUUGUUUGUGUGAUACCACUUGCUUUUAUAAGUCUAUUUAAUUUUUGAUGCGGAGGAAUAAAUUUCUAUGCCAGCAGGUAAUACUGAAGAUCAAGUCUUUCAACUUUUUCCUUGUAGAAUAUGUUUAUAAUUUGUUUAUUUAUGCCAAAUUUGUAUAAAUUUUAAGAAAAAUAAGUAUUUGAUUUACUUUUUUUGUAUAGAAAUUGUGUAUUGAUAAGAAAAGAAAAACAAGCACUGAUUUUAAAAUAUGUAUUAUAUGGUUUGUUUAUGAUCAGAACCUUUUAGCAAUGUGUAUAUUUGUUUCUUUUCUUUAAAAUAUAGACAAAUAAUUCAAUAAUUGAAGCCAUACUAUAAUUUAAAAUUACAGGAUACUUCUAAAAGAUAUUUUAAUUUAUGUUACAAAAUGUAUCAAUUUUCAAAGAACAAUAUAUUUUUAACACAUACUUGUUUACUUACUAUAAAGAAUAUACAUUUAUUUAAAGAUCAAUUAUUAUUUAAAAUAUGUGGCUAAACAUCAGAGUAAAUGUGACGUACAUACUUUAUCAUAUACACUAAACAACAAAAAUAGCUCACAUAAAUUAGUACUCAUUUACUAUUAACUUUUAUUUGCUUUUUUCAACCGUAAAUUAGCAUACACUCAGAAAGUUAACUUAUUAAUUAAUUUUUUCAACUCAUUUUCUUUUUUUGUUGCAUCAGUUGGAUACUUUUAUGAUCUUAAAUAAUCCUAUUUAUUAUGUCAUUUAAUUAAUCUUUGUUUAUAUUUAGUUUAUUAUUAUUUUUAAGACAAGCUUGUUGGUGAUACAUAAUUAUUGUCUUACCUAUUCUUUGCAUCUCUCACAGAAUAUGUGGAGAAGCUUAUUUGUAAAUCUUUUUCUUUUUCAGUUGGUGUUUAUGCUAGGGCUGUGUUGUAACUAAUAUACACACAAAUUCUUUAUCAGUAUAAUUAUCUUUACACUUAAGUCAAAUUUGACCUAUGUCAAGCUCAAUAAGGUGUAGCACUUUUUAUUUUAGCUGUAAAGAUGAUGGUAAAAACAUUUAGUAAAGCUCUCAAGGUUUUAGUAAAGUUGAACCCAUCCCCAUGGACUUAUUUUCAAACAGGUUACCUGAACUUAUGUUUGUGGCAUGUAUUUUCUGUGUUUGCUUUCAUGCAACUUAUGCAAUCUUUUGGCAUUCAAAUUUCAUCUACCCUCAGUCAAACUCCAUCUGCUGUCUUAAAAUAUGUUCCUGGUGUUAUCCCCAUAACAAAACCAUUGGUGCAAGAAGUUCAGUUAAUUGCGCUUGAGGUAUAAAAGUUUGCAUCCCUGUAUAACCUAUGUGUGUUUUUUGUUCACAGAUUAUUGGUGUGUGGUUGGCCAUGAGGUACAGAAACCAAAAGGAUCCCAGAGCCAACCCUAGCGCUUUCUUGUAACAUUAGUUUCAAUAGUGUCUUCUCCUAGUCUGUUUUUACCUGUAGCUCCGGUCUUGAUUGACAUUGUUAUUGUGACCAUUAUCACAAAUGCCAUGUGACAAAUAUGCCAGGCAGAAUGCUCUGCGAACCACAGGCAUAAUGUAAUCAUAUUUGGUUGGUUUUUCUAAGUUAUGAACAUUUGCUAUGUUCAUUGCACAUCAACACUUUUUUAAAUUCUUUAACCACUGAGUCAAAUGAAAAUUAUUAUUUUUGUUUUUGGCCUUAAACCUGCAUAAUCCAUUACAGAAUUUUUUUUUUUUUUUAUGAAUAUGAAAUGCUUUAUCACCAUCAAUGUUCAUUGUCUCAAAAUUAGAGGGUCACUUAAAAAAGAAAUCCAUCUUCUGUGGCAUUUGUAAAUUGUGAUAUCAUAAAAUUAGUUGUAAUUUUUAAACCAUUGCAUAGCUUAUAAAUAUUGGUCUCAGGGCUCUGGAAAAGGUGGAAAGUUGUAUAAGUGUAUGUUAUUUGGUACUAUAUGUUUUCUCAGUGCAAUCUGAGCGGGGCUGAUGGAGACAAAUGAAUCCUGAUUUUAAUUUUGUCUGUUGUUUUAUUAUUUACAUAAUAGUAUUGUAGACUGGCAUAAUUGUUUGUUGUUAUGAAGUCAAUAUGUAUCUUUUCUUUUUUAUAAUUAUAUCUCAAUAAAUUAUUUUCGUAUUAUUUUUGUCAUAAUAUAGAUUGACUGCAUUAUACCACAACCAAUUGAAUAACUUAUUUCUAACAUAAUUGUAUGGUUUAAUUAUCAGAUUAUCCUUUGUAAACAGAAGUAAUGUUAUUUAGUGAUAUGAUCAUGGUUGUAGUGCUUGUAGCUCGAUCUUGUUGUCCAGGGCUUAUGUUUGUGGGAAGACACAUUUUAUAUUAUUCACAUGCCACAAGUCUAAUGAUGAUUUAGGGGAAUAAUUGGGAUAUUUCAUCCUUAAACAAGGCUUGAUUUCAUCUUAAAUUAAUUUUUUUAACCAGCAAUUUUUUUUUUAAAGUGCACUUUAUGAUGGCAAAGAUAAGGAGUCAUUUCUUUGUGUCCAUUGGACUUUUUUUUUAUGAAUUUGCAAAUUGCAAAGCAUAUUUUUGAACAAUCUGCACUUCUUACUUUUUUAUCCAUUUUUUUAAUUUUAGAAAAAAAAAUUAGCCGCUUCUAGUUUUGAACCCUCACCCCUUUACAAUCUCAACAUUUUAUUCUCUCUUGAAAGUAUUUAUUUCCCACUUUACUGCUCUGCUGUAUGCACAACAUCUAUCUGAAAGUUACCACCAAGGUUCAACCCCAAAAUAUUAUUUUCUGUUUUCACUGCACAAGGGUAAGAGAGAGUUUUGUCAUAUAUUCUAGUUUAAUCUCCACCACAGCUACUGCAUUUCUAUGGAGUGUUCUAUUAUUAAAGUUAGGCCAUAUUUGUCAUUUUUAAUUUGUUGUACACUAUUACAUUGUCCAAGUAGUAUAUUUUGUAGUUAUUUAAAUCAUCCCAAAGUGAGAAAAACUCUUAAAAACUUACAAGUCUAGCAGUAUAUUUGUAAUGGUAAUUAUAAUAAAUUUACAUUAAAAAUUGCAGACUUAAUUAAACUUUAACAUUUUGUUAUUGUAAUCACAUUUUUCUAGCACUGUAUUUUUUUAACUGUCAUUCUCUUUGCAUAUCAACUUAAAAAUGACUCAAAAUAAAGGCCUACUCCACCAAGAUUAAGAUAAUGGUACUUGAUGUUGAGUUUUACCUCCAUAUGUCCCAUUUCUUCCAUAAACUUGUGUCAGCAAGUAGUGAAAUUUUAAUUCAUUUUUCUAAAUCUUAAAUCCAGCUAAACAUAAUUAAAUUAAAUUUAGUUACAUAAUAAUUGGUAAGCUACUGUGAAAAUAAAAAUGAAAUACUUUCUAAAAACGUGUACUAAUGCAAAAGGAAGAGUAAUAUAAAGUUUAAAAAGAAUUAAACAAAAAUGUUAGCAAUUUAAACAAGUAUGCGAAUGGUAAUUUUAACAUCACUUCCAACUUUAAAUUUUGUUUGAUGCUGGGAUAAUUUCAGUAUUUAAAUAGCACACUACCAUAGAGAUUUAAUUAAAAUGUCUUCAGUAUUUUAAAGCUGUUUUUAAAUAUUGGCUUAUGUUUAAAACUUACAUAAUUGUGCCAAUAUUAACCGGGACCAAAUUUUGGUGUGAUUCAGAAUGUUAUUAUUCCAAGGUUUGACAAUAUCAUGUUGUUGUUUUUUUUUUGCAUGUUCUAAAUAACCAAGCAUUACAAUGUUAAAUAAGUCAUGAACAAUAUUGGUGACAAAAUUUCACAACACUUCAUGUGUCAUAUACUCUUAAAAUUCAAUUUUGAAUCUCUUAAUUCAGCACUGUAUAGUUUUUUAGUUAUCCUGUGAGUAUUUCUUUAAUUUUAAAUAAAGCAAGCAUUUUCUAUUAUUGUCACUUGUGCUUCCAUCUAUUGAGCAAGUUUUAGCCUAAUUUUCAGCUCAGCUUUGUCAAAUUAUUAUGUAAUUCUAUAAAUUUAUAUGGUUGACUUUGAAAAAUUUAGGUAGUAUUUAUUUUUUCAUUGAAAAGAAAGUUCAACAAAGGACCUCGUCAAAUAAAUGAAGAUUUCUUUUUAAUUAAAGCACUUAUAGGACUUUGCAAUAGUAUCAUGACUGAUUACACAUUUCUUUUAUUAUAACUGCUGUUACUACUUUCAAAUAAUAUAAAAUACAUGACUUACUAAUUUUUGAAUUUAGUUUUAGUGUUAACCUUUUUUUUUCAGUUCAAAAAAAAAAAAAAAUUGGGAAUUUUAUUGGAUUGCAAUUGUUUAUUUUAUUUUACAAACCCAAGAGUUAGUUGUUUUUAUUUUCUUAAAUUUUUACUCCAAAAACAAAUUAAGAAAUUUGAUUAUCAUCCCCAACUGGUUUUCAGCUCUUUUCUAUUAUUUCUUUUAUUAUAAUUUCUGUUAUUACUUUAAAAAAAUAUAAAAUACAUUACUUACUAAUUUUUGAAUUUAGUUUUAGUGUUAACCUUUUUUUUUCAGUUCAAAAAAAAAAAAAAAAUUGGGAAUUUUAUUGGAUUGCAAUUGUUUAUUUUAUUUUACAAACCCAAGAGUUAGUUGUUUUUAUUUUCUUAAAUAUUAACUCCAAAAACAAAUUAAGAAAUUUGAUUAUCAUCCACAACUGGAUUUCAGCUCUUUUCUAUAUCGUCCCACAUUUGGUCGCCAUUGGUGUUUUAAAAGCUCUUUUUAUGCUGAAUUUCAGGACGUGACUACCCUGAAACGUAUUUAAUUCUUUUAAUUUUAUGACUAUUAAAAGGCUUAUUUCAACAAAUUGAAAUAUUAUACUUAGAACUGCUAAGAUCUUUACACCACAUGAGCUUAGGAUUUCAAGUUUAUUAAGUUAUAAACUGGCAAAUAACAAUAGCUUUGAACAAUAUACUAAGAGUUUUAAAAGUAGCAUUUAUAAUACACAUGGCUUUAAAAUAAAUAAAAAUUAUGGAUACCAAUAACUUUAAACUCAAGGAAUAAAUGGCCUGUUGAUUUUAAAAUAACAACUUAUUAGUUAAUUGAUAGUUUUUUUAGUUGUGAUUUUUAUUUCUAAUUUAUAUAAUUAAUAAGACAAAAAGUUUUUGAAUAUUUUAUUUUGUUAAGUUCUAUUCUACUAAAUUUGUACUUUAAUUUUUUUUUCCUGAUAAAAAAUAUUUAUUGUAAGUUAUCCAAGCCUUCUGAUAGGUUUUGUUUGCUAAUUUCUUGAGAAAAUGUGUCAUGUGUGGUGGAAGGUAAAAAAAAGUAUUUUGAAAAACUUUUUUUAUGUCAUUUUAUUUUCUAAAGCAAUAUUUCAUUAGUAUUUAUUGUUUAUUAUAAUGUAUAAUUUAUUUUGUUUAAAUUUAAAAUAAUUAUGUAUGUCAAAUACUUGUAGGACAUUUUGUUCUUGCAAUUAUUAUUUUUUUAUAUAUUUCUGUCUUAGUUAAGACCUAUGUGCAUUCUGAGAAGAAAUAAAACUCCAAUGAAAAUGAAAUUAUAAAUCAAAUUAUCAUUAUUUGACAAUUCUGCUUUUAAUAUCUCACAAAUUCCCUCUGUCAGUCAUUACACAAGUCCUUAAUACAAAGGGGAUUUCUGUUUAGCCUUAUCCAAAGCUAGAAAGAAAAAAAAUCCAAAUUUCACUGAAAUCUUAAGUCAGAGAACAAUUAUUAACAGAAUCAGGCAUAAAGACAAUAUUGUAGUAAAGUUUUUCAAAAAUAAUUGCAUGUCCUCUUAUUUUUGUCAAUUUGAUUGCCAGAUUUCUCACAACUAGAGAUCUCAUUUUAGUUGUAUCUAGCUGUUAACUGGAAAAAUAUUACUUUGUAAUAUUGUGGUAAUGCAUUCCCAUUUAUGUCAUUUUUUAACAACCACUAGCAUUUAUUUAUUCCUUCUUAAAAUAAUGGAUACUUUAAAUAUUACUUAAUGUGAACUCAAAAUUUCAAAAACGUAUACGUUUUUUAAGAUUAAUGAUUGAUACUUAAUUUAACCUCUAUCACUUAAUAAAGUAAUUUAACCUCUUGACAAGCUAUUAUUCAAAACAAUUUUAUUUUUUUAAUCUCUUCUGCAUUGUUAAGUUGUUGUUUUUUCGAAAUCAUUGAAUUGUCUUUAUUCAUGUAAUAAGUUCUGUGCAAUAAAAGUAAAAUGGUUUUGUUC